AUGGAUUUGACCAAUUGUUCAAGAGCGACUGAGUUCAUCCUCCUUGGUUUCCCCCACAUCUGGGGCAUGAACAUCACUUUGUUUGUGGUGGUCCUCUUACUCUACAUUUUGUCUAUAGCAGGAAAUGGUCUCAUCAUUGUGAUGGUGGGGCUUAACCAUCAGCUUCAGAAGCCCAUGUACUUCUUCCUCAGCAACCUCUCCUUCCUUGAGAUGUGGUACACAACUGCUGUGGUCCCGAAGAUGCUGGCCAACCUGCUCUCAGCAAAGACCACCAUCUGCUUCUACUGCUGCAUGGCACAGUCCUACUUCCACUUCCUCUUUGGCAUCACAGAGUUCUACAUCCUCACAGCCAUGUCCUUUGACAGGUACUUGGCCAUCUGCCAGCCGCUGAGGUACAACAUGAUCAUGACCACCAGCGUUUGCCUUCAGCUCGCCCUGGCUGCUUGGUUUGGGGGCUUUUUCACUAUCCUUUUGCAGACUAUCUUGGUGGUCCGGCUUCCCUUUUGUGGCUCCAAUAUUGUCAACCAUUUCUACUGUGACAUCGGACCAAUGUUGAAGAUUGCUGGCGGGGACACACAUCUCAUUGAAGCCCUUGGCUUCUUGAUCGCUGUGGCUGUGAUUCUGACUUCUCUGCUACUAACGGUGGUCUCUUACAUCUUCAUCAUCUCCACCAUUCUACGCAUCCCUUCUUCCAGUGGACAGCAGAAGGCUUUCUCCACCUGUGCCUCUCAUCUGACUGUGGUCAGCAUCUUUUAUGGGGCAGUCCUUUUCAUCUACUUACGACCAACCGCCAAGCACUCUUCUUUUAGCCUCAACAAAGCCAUUUCUGUGCUGAACACAGUGAUCACCCCAGUCCUAAACCCGUUUAUAUACACAAUCAGAAACAAUGAUGUGAAACAGGCUUUACGGAAAACUCUCAAACAGUUAGAGACAAUCAGUAUACUAAAGACUUGA